AAGUAAAUUUCAAGAUGGCGACGCUCGUAGUUUUAACGGAGCGAAUGUACGAUGAAAUCGAUGGCGUUUUAUUACGCGAGGACGUACCUGAAGAAUUCCAAAAUGAGCUGAGAGGAUACGCAAAACUAAGGAAUAAAGAAAACCCGGAAGAAACGCCAAGCAUACCCUUUUCGACUAUUCGAAAACUGCAUAAAUAUUUGGAAUCAGACGGAAAGCCGGGGAUGUACCUUCAUCAGCUGAUGGAAGGUAGUGAAGUAUUUUUCCCACCACUUCCACAACCCAAAAGAAAUCCUGAGUUGGUAGCAAGAUUGGAGCGGCUGAGGGCAGAACAGGCAAACAGGGAGUACCAACAGAUGACCAAAAGUGUCAGUAAUAAUAUCGCUGGCAACAGUCCAAUAGGAAACGUAGGGCAAGAAUUGAAGAGCGUUCAGGGGCAACUGAUGAAUGUCUUCAACGUCUUUCUGACCAUCGUCGGGGCGUUUGUGUUUGGUUUUAUGGCCAUGUACUAUGCCGGACAAUCACUCACGGCGCGAGUGUUGUGUGGGCUUGCCGUUGCCCUGGUCGUCGCUACAGCUGACCUGUAUUUUCUCAUCAAGAAUGACCUAUGACACCAACCGUACACGGUGGCCUUACUGUCUCCCUCAGUCUCACAGUGUGCAUUCUAUAGGCUUUGUGAAUGAAGAGGCCCUCAGCUGUGAACUUGAAAAAUCUACUUAACUGACGCGUGGGGGGGGGGGUUUACAUUUUCU